GAUCGAAAUCUUAUAGAGAUUUAAAACCAGUACCAGAAGAUGAACAAAGAAAACAGAUUAAAGAUAAUUUGGAAGCUAUACUGAGUCAAACUAAAAAUACUGAUGUCAUAAUCUUACUAGAAAACUUAGCAGCUAACAAAUGCCAUGAAGUGCAAAUAGAAGACCUCUUAAAAAUUAAGAGAAAGCGUGUAAAGUUAUGCUUUGACACGCAACACUAUUUUGUACCAGGAAGCAGAAAAUAUUUUAAUAAUUACAAACAAGUCAUGGAUAAGUAUGGAGAUGAGAUACAUCUCCUAUACAUUAACAACGUAAUGAAAGAAAGAAAAAUCAAACAAAAAGACAGAUUUGUGAAGAAGAUAAAAGCAACAAUAUUUGGCUCUAAACAAAAUGUCUAUGCGCUAUUAUUACAAGGACAAUUAUCACAAGAAAUAUUUAAAAUGCUGGCAACACAUCCUAAGAUGAAAGCAAUGAUAUUAGAAACACCAGAAAGAACUGAAGAACAAAAGCAAGAGCAAAUACGUGAA